GUAAUGUAUAAAUAUUUUUAGAGAUCUAGUUAAGAUAAAAUAAUUAAUUUCAAACAGUGUUGAAUCCUUAUCCAUAUCAAGAUGGAUAUUAACCAUCUCAAUUGAACUUUUUGAGUUAACUUUGACCAUUAGCAGUGUCAGCUCAAAUUUAUUCAUUAUUGGGGUGGAAAAACAUGAGUAAUGGGGAGGAAUUUUAAGGAAGCUGUUCUGCAUCUUGUGCUGUAGUCUGGCUUUAACUUGUAUACCUGUUUUAUUUAUGGUACACAGCCCUUUUUAUGUUGUCAUGUAAUUGAGAUAUGGAUGUCUCUGAGCUUGUGCUUUUGAGUACUGUUGGUCUGUUUGCCUAUAAAGCUCUUCUUGGGUGAUGUUUCCCUUAUUUGCUCUCAAUUUCACUUUGAGAAGUCUUGUUAGUUUUAUGUUUUCAGUGUGUUUCACCUGAAACAUGUAACUGAAAGAGAGUAGUUUUGCAAUGAUACUUGAUUUUUCAAUAAUCUGAAAUGUUUACUUUCUCGUGUACACCAUUAGGCAAUGAGAAACCAUCUGGAAGACUGAUUAUCACCAGGAGACAAGUCAAAAAGGGCCUGGAAGCCACUAGUUCAUUUUAAAGAGACAGUUUCCACCACUGGCAGAUAUUUCAUCCUCAGUACUUGCAACAGCAUUUCUCUGCGAUGCCUCUGUGGUGGUUUUUGAUUGCCCUUGUAUUCCAUACAGCAACUUGCUUAUUUUAUUCUCGCUUCUUUUGUUGCAGUUGACGCAAAAAGGAAGAAAAAAAGCCUCUUUAAGGGCAGAAAGUAUCUGACAUGUGGCUCUCAACUUCAAAACUUCUAUUGCAGUCUUUUUUGUUACUCUUGCUGCCAGGCCCCCCUAUGAGACCUGACAGUGGACAUGUACUCCCAUGUCAGGAUAAUCGGCCUGCACUGUCCUCAGACAAGUGGGGGAGGAGCACAGCCACUCCACUGUUGGCCAGAUUUCUGGGCAUGCAGUGUAGAAUCCAGACCUUCUAAGGUAGGACAUGACGAUGUCCCCCUCUGCUGAGAAAAAUGUCAGUUACGGCAUUGGUCACAUCUGACUUCUGGGUAUAUUUGUAUUUUAUUUUAGCACCAAGAGGUUGGCAGGUGUUAAUAGAAGACUUGGCAUGGCUGGCUAACCACAGCCAUUGGUAGCUUGCCUGAUAUGAACUCCUAAGGCAGUUUGGUUAUGGAGUUUGCUUUCCAUGAGAGAGAGAGAGAGAUUCUUGAGCAGGUUUAGAACAUAAUUUCACUAUUUUUGUGCUCCUUAAGAAAAAAGUUCUUUUAAUCUAUUCAAUUCUUUUAUCACAUGAAAAGUUAUGGGAAACAGACUUUAUUCAUCAGUUACCUAUUAUUAACCUCUAAAUGGAGGUGGCUUUGUCUACCUUUCAUAAUUUAGCUAUAGAAUAUUAAAGUGACUAUGCCAAAGAAGGAAGUAUUUACAGAAUAAAGCCACACAAAACUAGUAGGUCUCAGAGUUUCUAAUGGAGUCCAAGAUAAAUUAGGAUAUAUUAAAGAAUUGAGAUUGAAUCCUAGUGAAUGGAUAAAUUUUAAAAGUUUACGUGCUUAACAUGGAAAAAUCUUAGAGACUGUGUCCAACUGAGUUGAUGUGUAAUUACAGGAAAAAACACACUGCUGUCAAGCAGCUUAUGCUUGUCCCAGGAACCAGCUUGAUGUACAAGAGAGUAAUAUUUGUAUUGCAUACAAAAAUAUCUUCUGUGUUCUUAAUUACAGGCCGAAGUUGUCAGCCUGAAAAGUUUCAGUGCUUAGCAGCUCCUCAGUCUGCAAAAUGCAGAACUCUAUUUAAAAGUCCUCUCGCUUUAGAAAAUAAAGAAUUAAGUAAAAGUUCAAAUAUUAAUUAAAGAAUAAGCAAAUUGACUCUGAGAAAAAGGAAGAAGAAAAAAGCUGGAGGGUGUGUGUGUGUGUGUUUAGGUUUGUCCCUCUACUUGGAGCAAACUUGUGCGUUGUCUUCAUUUAUCAUUAAUGGUCUUUCACAUUCCUUUUUCUAGAGUGAUGGACAUCAAGUGAGGCAGUUUGAGUCAAGUUCAGUCAUUGUCCAUUUCUGCUUGUGGAAUUUUUAACUAGGUGAAUCGUUACAAGAUUUUACCUUUACUGUAUGACUGUAAAGGUAACAUUAGUAAAAUGUUGGUAUAUGGCAUUUGUGCUUGCUUAUCUUCUAGACUGGGGGGGGGAAAGGAAUGUAGCAGCUCAGAACAGUAAAUAGGAUAUUCUUGAAGGCAACUUACUCUUUGUGCACAGUUGCUUCACUGAUCAUACUUAGCUCUGAGUAAGAGCUUAAUUCUCCAGAAGCCCUAUUCUCUUCUCUGUUUGCUUUGAUUUAAUAGCAGUGUUUUCAUUUGUCCUGUCUUGUUGUUCAACUUUGAGACUUUAUAUUCAUUCUCUCUUGGAGCUGAGUGUUGGUUGGUGCUAAUAACACCAAGGUCACUGGCCAUUCACUUUAGAGUUGGACUCGAUGAUCCUUGUGGGUCCCUUCCAACUCAGAAUAUUCUGUGUGUGAUUCUGUGUGUUUCAUAUAGCCAGCUUUUGCUUCAAAUUUCUUUAACUACAAAAAAUUAGAGAAAGAAAUGGUAUCAAGGUGCUCCUUAGGUCAAUGAUGGCUUCGAAGUGCCCUCCUCUUGGUAACUUUGACCUUGAUCCAAACUUCAGUGGAGAGACUUAGUUUUACACUUUGUUGAAAUUAGAAUUAUCUUCAUUUGCACGUGUUGCUUUUUUCCUCAGCAUUUUAAUACCCUCUUGUUUUCUUUUUGCACUACCUCUAUUUUUAUGUCAUAGAAUUUUAAUUGCUUUCCGUUAAAUAUUUCCUACCUGCGUUUUCCUGAACGCAAUGAGGAGUCGUAUUCCUUGGAUGUAACGUGCAAAAUCAUGUGAGUAUUAUUUCAGCACAGAAAAUUUGGAAAGAGACUUCUUUCUGAGGAGAAAGAUGGACCAACAAGGAUUUCUGCCUGUUUCAUUGAUCGCCAGCUUCCGUCGGAUGCAAGCUCUGACUACAAAUGCUGCACUCAUUUUGGAGGCCCUAAAGGACAGCACAGAAGUUGAAACUGUGGAUCAGAGACUAAGAAAAAGGGUUGAUCCAGAAAAGUGGCCAAUUCCAGGUCCUCCUUCAUGCAGCCUGCCUCCAACUGACUUUUCUCAGCUCAUCAAUUGUCCAGAAUUCAUACCAGGACAAAUUUUUGGCUCACAUGCUGAGUCUGCACCGAGUUCUCCAAGAAUGGGAAGCCCACUGAGUCCAAAGGAAAACACUGAAACAAGUAAUUUUCAGACAAUGUCUAAAGGACUGUCUACAAGUUUGCCCGAUUUGGACUCGGAACCUUGGAUAGAAGUGAAGAAGAGGCAUCGGGCAUCCACAGUCCAACUAAAGGAAACUGUUCCUAUACCUGAUCAAACAGCAGAUCAACACAAACCACCCCCACCUCCAGAAGAACAAGAACAAGAAGAACUUGAGUUUUUGUUUGAUGAAGAGAUGGAACAAAUUCAGGGUCAGAAGAAUAAAUUUACUGAUUGGUCAGACAGCGAUUCUGAUUAUGAAAUUGAUGAUCAGGACGUAAACAAGAUUUUGAUUGUAACACAGACACCACCAUAUGUGAAAAAACAUCCUUGUGGAGACAAUACUGGAAACCACGUGUGCCGUGCAAAAAUUACAUCAGAACUUGCUAAAGUCAUUAAUGACGGCUUGUACUAUUAUGAACAGGAUUUGUGGAUGGAUCAGAGUGAAAAUGAUGCCAUGAUGAAGCAAGAGAUUGAGAACUUUAAGAAGCUAAACCUCAUUAGUAAGGAAGAAUUUGUUAUUCUUGCACCAGAAAUGGCUGGUCCAACCCAAGAAGUUCCUCCUGGACCUCUAGGGUUACAGAAAGCAAAAGAACUGACUUGUAGCAUCCUAAGUUUUGAAGUACCUCCAAAAGCAGGAAUAGCUCGAUCACUGCCAACAGCAGUUCCAGAUUCCCACCAUUUUCACCCUGGCUUGAUCCCGCGAACACCUCGCACUCCAAGGCUACAGGAUCCCAAAAAAACACCCAGGUUCUACCCUGUUGUUAAACAAGCACGAUCCUUUGAUAUAAAGACUCCUAGAAAAAGAAAAACACGCCACAGUACAAAUCCUCCCUUAGAAUGCCACGUUGGUUGGGUGAUGGAUUCCAAGGACCACAGGCCUAGAACUUCCUCUCUGAGCAGUUCCAAUGCCUCACCUUCAGAAGGAGCUCCACUAGCAGGUUACGGCUGUACCCCAAAUUCUCUUCCAAAAUUUCAGCACCCUUCUCAUGAACUGUUAAAGGAAAAUGGCUUUACUCAACAGGUGUACCACAAAUACCGGCGAAAGUGUUUAAUGGAGAGGAAACAGUUGGGAAUUGGCCAGUCCCAAGAAAUGAACACACUUUUUCGUUUCUGGUCCUUUUUUUUGAGAGAUCACUUCAACAAGAAAAUGUAUGAAGAAUUCAAACAACUUGCUCUAGGGGAUGCAAAAGAACACUGCAGGUAUGGCUUGGAAUGCUUGUUUAGAUUUUACAGCUAUGGCCUGGAAAAGAAAUUCAGACAAGAAAUAUUUGAGGAUUUCCAAGAAGAAACAAAGAGGGACUAUGAAGCUGGUCAGCUGUAUGGACUGGAAAAAUUUUGGGCUUACCUAAAAUACUCUCAGUACAAGACUCCAGCCGUUGACCCUAAACUGCAAGAAUACCUGAGUAAAUUUAAGAGACUGGAGGACUUCAGAGUGGAGCCUCCUAUUAGUGAAGAAUCUGGCAGAAAGAGACCAGUUGCUGCAACAGGUGAGGAUUCAGGUCAUCGCAGACAUCAGUCUAAUUCUUCUAAAAUACUUCCUGCCACUAAACCCACCACUCCCUGUCAGUCCCAGGCACUGGGAAGCAUUACCAGUGGGAAUACUGUGCGAGCGUCCACGAGCUAUAGCAAUGCUGCCACGAAAUCCAUAGAAAGUGAUAUACCAGAAAAAUAGACUUUGGAUGAGCCCGUGCUCUUGAGAAUCAACCUUGACAUCACUCUCUUAAUUUGGAGAUCUUCUAGGCGAGCCAAUCUACUACAUGAUUAAAAACGUAUGGAAUGACAAAGAAUUGGAUUCUCUUUUUCACAGGAUGUAGUUCCAAAACACUUGCCCUAGGAGAGUUGCUCUUGGUUAUGGGAUCAUUGAAAGGAUCCUAGGGGAAGAUUCUUUGGCUUCAGUAUUGCUUUUCUCAAGCUUUUGUUUACAAAGAACUGCAUUCCUUGCAUAUGCAAAAAAUACUUUGGGGGAUGCCUUACAUUUCAGCUCAGAUUUCUUAAAAAAGGUAACAACCAUGUUAUUUACUGUGCUUUCCUUACUCAGAUUUCCCCAUCAUUUGUAUUUUACCAAAGCAAAAAAGAUUACGUUAUAUGUAGAAUAUUAAAUGGAAAGGAGGGCAUCUCUGUGAUUGGUUUACUUUUGAACCUAACUAUCAAAAAGGAUGUUUUUGUGCAAAAGCACUUGAGAACACGCAGCUAUAUAUGAAACUGCAUUUCUGGAUUCUGUUUAAAGAUAUAGUUUCUGGUUUUUUCAGGGUCUCCAUAGUUGGCAUUUUAUUAAUUAUGGAGUUUGAGUGCAUAUAACUGGGAUAGUUUUGCAGAUAUUUCCUUCAGUGCUAGUUCUUUAAUAACUCAAGGAACAAAAAACUACAGGGGAAAAUUGAGCUUUUGAUUUCAUAGAGUCUUAAAUUAACAUUCACCUACAUUUUGUGCAGGUUGUUAAAAUAGCAAACUAUUCAGAUUAUUCUGGGCUUGAGAGGUGUCUUCAUUUGAAUUCUCUUAUGAACUCCAAUAGGAGAGGCAUCAUUUUUAAUUUUUUUUUCUCCAUAUUUCAAGUAAUAAUUAGUUUGGAGGGAAACGAAGUAUUUCUUGUAAAUUUUAUUUGCUUUAUUUUGCAGUAUCUGAAUUAAGUUCUGCUUAAAUUGUGCUAGCUAAGCCUAAAUGAUUUCAAACAGGUCUAAAGACAAUUCACUGAAUAUAAGUUAUUCAAACACAAGUCCAUUUUUAUAGCUGAAAGAUGGGGAUGUUUACAUGUCUUACUAACUUCAUUGCUUUGUUUUUAAAGACUCAGAAAGAACGAAGUGGAUAACUUACCUCUUCCAGGGGUAGGUGAGAGGAAUUCCAGCUUUUGGUUAGUUAACUGCAGAAAUCACUCCAGUUAACUUUAAAGUUAAAAAGUUCUGUCUAGCACAGAUGCCUUAAUCUGACUGCACAGCUAUGGAUGGGGUUUUAUUAUAGCAAGACUGUUAAUUUUUCAGUCUUUGUCUUGUGAAUCUCACUGAAACAAAUGAUGGAUGUUUGCAUUGAAAGGAAUGGGUGGCAGCAGUGACCUUCCUACAGUUUCUACCAUUUCAAUACAAAAUCCAGCCUUUUGUCAGUGGCCUGUUUCUAAAUAAAUUUAAACAAACACAUACCAAGAUUAUAAGUAAAUAUCCUACAAAUAUGCUGAAGUGACACAUCUCAAUCCCAUGUUUGAUCCAUGCCUUUUGCUAUCCAUGAAAAUGAUGCAAAUGUAAAUUUGGAUUGAAAUUGUAUAUACAAGUAAUAAAUUUAAGAUAUUUCCUUUCACUUUUUCAUUGGAAAAUGUGCAGAUUAAGCUUUUAGUGUGUGUAAUUUUGUGAUUAUCCUCAAAUAUUUUAUAAAAACAACAAAAAAAUCCUAA